UUGCAGUCCGGAAGCUCUAUCCAAUUCUUUUUCAAUGGCCUCCAAGGCGGGACGGUUCAAGCCCUUAACUCGCCAGCAACAGUGGAAGAUGGAGGAUGACGAAGCGGAGCAGUUAGGAAGCCCUGAUGAUGAUGAUGAUGCUCAGGAGGAGGAGGAGGAGGAGGAGGAGGAGAAAGGGGGCAGGCGUCGGAAGGAGGUGGUCCUUGGGAGAGCUCGUCACGAUUCGAACAGUCGCUGGCAUUCUGAAGAUGGGGAGAUGGGGGACAAGCCGAAGGCAAAGACGAAGCGCAAAACGACAAAACCGAAGAAGAAGAAGAAGAAGAAGAGAGAUGGCAGCUCUCGUUCUCUCCCUGGUCACUCCAAUGAUCAUGACGAUGAGGAUGAGGAUGACGAUGACGACAUGGGGCCUUCUCCAUCUUCACCACAGUUGAAAACGGCUUGCGAAAUUGACGAUGGAGGAGAAGAGGGCUUGGAUGCGUUGACUUUCAGCGUGUACGUCUUGACCUGGAAUCUCAAGAAAAAGAUGGUCAACCUGGCUCAGCUCUCUGAGGUCAUCCUUGGCUCUGCAGUUGAUGUCAACAUAAAAGGGCGACCUGAUAUUUAUGUCAUUGGAGCCCAGGAGCUGCCCCCAGGGGGCCUACACCAGUCCCUGUCGCAAAUACUCGGAGAUUCCUAUUGAGGUUUCGGGUCUUCUCCCUACGAUAAUCGGGACCUCGUUGCGAGACUCACAAGUCUCCAGAUGUGCAAAGAGGACAUUGAAUGGGCUGGGAACUUCUGAGUUUUCAUGAGAAGGGGACACUAGCCCACAUUGCGGCACUUCGCAACUUCGAAUU